GAAUUCGAUUCACAACUCCUAGUUUAGGGUGCUAAUGCCUGGUGCACACUAAUGACACAAUGAUAUAACGACAUGGCGCACGCACUCGUACGUUCAAGUGUGAAUGGUUAGACAUUUUGACAUAAGCCCAACAUAACGACAUAAACAUAAUGACAUAAGAGAAAAACAUUUUUUUUCUUUUAUGUCUUUGUGUCUAUGUCGUUAUGUCGGGACUAACAGAGUGCGCAUGCAUGUCGUUAUGUCACUAGUGUGCACCAGGCAUUACCAGCCGCUCCUAGUGCUACUCACGCACGCAAGCACUUUCCUGGAAGUAACAUGGCGGCAACCGGCACAGACAAGAACUUCAAUGAAGACAAUAUUUUGCUGAGGGAAAACCUUACCAAGUUUAUAACAUGCCCCUCUUGCAAGGAAACGAUGAAUGGUCCCGUUCUUUUGCCUUGCCUUGACUCGAUUUGCAGAUCUUGCUGUCAGAAAACAGCACAGAAACACGGAGAUACGUGGACUGUUCCUUGUCGACUUUGUGACUCACUUGUAAGAAUACCACAGACAAGCGACCUGAAGACAAACUUCUUUGCUUGCAAUGUUAAUAAUUAUCUCAGAUGUUGUUUAGAUGCGAAGGAUGCUGUCAUCUGCUCGAAUUGCGAUGAGAACUCCGCACUAGCAGAGGCGAGAUGCAUGGAUUGCAACGAGUUUUUGUGUCAGAUGUGUGUGGAAGCUCAUCGGAGAAUAAAACUUACUCGGGAGCAUCAAGUUAUUAUUAUCAAUGAAGAAAAGCCUCUGAAGAUCUUACAGUCCCUGCACGUUAACUUAAAAUGCUCGAAACAUAAAGAUGAGAAGUUGUUGCUUCGAUAUUGUGCAAACUGUAAUGAGCCACUUUGUUUGAGUUGCAUUUCAGAACAUGCGAACUUACAACACAAAGUUGAGGAAUUAACAGACAGUAGCCUAGCAAGAUGCCUUUUUAAAGUUGGAAAUAUAAUUGAUGAAUUCUUGGAAAUGCGUAAAGUUCUCCAUGAUAGCAUGGAAGGUGUUGAAGCCGAGAAGAGAGAACUAGAAAACCAAGCACAGAAUUGUAAACAAGAAAUUGAAGAAGCUACAAACAAGAUCAUAGAAGCUGUGCUAGUGCGCAAAAAUACGCUUCUGAAAGAUCUUGAGUUGGUAUCAGAUUGUACAAGGCAAGCACUAGAUGACAGGACCAUGAAACAUUGCAAAGAGCUUUCCUGUAUCGAUAGAGCCAAAGUUUUUAUUGGUCAUGCCUUCGAGCAAGGGAAUUCAGUUGAGAAACUGAGCGUUCUAAGGACGGUGGAAGAUAGAGUGAAAGAAAUGAAAACAGGACACAUGAAUGCAGACUUUUUGUAUACAGGCAUGAAAACCAGAUAUUUAGAGCUUGCUGACAAUUCCCAAUCUGACCAACUCAAGGUGAUGAUUCUGCAGUGGGGGAGCAUAAGCAAAGAGCCUGAGCUGAACCCCUCAAAAGCUAAUAAAGGAAAAAUGCCACCCAAGAAAAUUAUUCGCACAAUUCAGCCUGCUGUCGAGCUUAAACGUAGUGAAAUAGAUGGAUUGGUCCAGCUAAGAAGGCAAGAGCAGCAACAACAGAGAAAGUCAUGCGUAAAUUCAGAGGCAUCCUGAACAAGAUUACCCCUCAGAAUUUCAAAAAACUCGUGGAGCAAGUUAUGAACCUGGAGAUUGACACCGCUGAAAAGCUGGAGGGCAUUAUUGAUAUUGUUUUUGAAAAGGCUAUCAGGGAGCCAAGAUACUGUGUUGUUUAUGCUAAUCUAUGUCAUUGUUUGUUGCCGAUAAAAGUUUCUUUUGAAAAUAAGGAAUUGGUUUUCAAAACCAUCCUGCUCAACAAAUGCCAGAAGAAGUUUGAUAAGACAUAUGAGCACAAAACCCACAACAACACUGACCAGCUUGUGAAUGAAGGCCUUUCGGUAAGAUGAUUUUGAACAACAAGCUUUAGGUGUUUUACUUCAAAAUCGGUUAUUAUCAUUAAACACAUCCAGUAAAUGUGCUGAGCUAAAACUUGAACUCAUAAAGAAACACUGAUUCUGAUUCGAGUGCCUAAUCUUUGGCUUCUACUGACAAAUCUAAACCCUUCAAUCCAUUGAGGAUCUAGAUGACCAAUUUGCACUUGUUUAUGUUAACAGGUCAAAAUGUUAAGAGUGUUUAAAGAAUGAGCUGUAAAGUAUGUCCAUAUAUUUAAAUACGAUACAACUCAUUGGCGGUAUCUUGGUCUUUAUUAUUAAGACCAGCUCGAAUCCGCAGCUGGAAAAUUUACAGAGUUACAAGAACGCUUUCCGUGAAGUUAGUGCGCGCAUAUGGGUAGGAUCCUUGACGCUACCAGUUAGCCUACAUCUUCUUCCGGUAUUUAAUCAUGAUAAACAAGUCAAUCAUACACGUUAUGAUGUGACAGUGCUCUUUUUUUUUUUAAAAAGUCAUAAUUUUUUUCUUGGUCUGUACCUGCAACCCAUUUGAAUCACUAAUCUCAAACCAUUACCAAACAUUUUAAAAGUGAAUAAUGGCCAAUGCUUCAAGCUUCAAAUUAUUUUCAGAAAAGCACACAACAUACAGUAAAGCUUCAAGCAUUUGUGAUUUAUUUCCCCUUCUCUGUUUCAAUAGCUCCAUUUGAAUGCAAGACUCUGAAUAAUAUAUAGCAAAAUUGUUAGAGCCUAUGUUUAGUAGAAAAAAAAAACAUCCAUGUACACAAAGUCCUGAAGGGGAACUGAAAAACAAUGGAAACUUUGGGUUAUCAGGGAGUUUAACUGUAGAACCUUUAAAACCAGAUAUAACUUGAUUUCUGUCACAGGAGAAAGACUAUAAGA